UGCGGGGCCACCGGCAGCGGAGGAACCUUCCCGCCACUGCGCUGGGUGACCAGAACCGCAGCCAGGCGCAUGACUGAAAGCGCUGGGGCGCACCCCGCCUGGCCGCAGAGCAAACCCAGAAAGGAGGCGGUGUGCAGCUCGAGACUUCCUAAAUGGACGUGCAGUGGCGUGGCCGCUGACUGCGCCUCGCCUUCCCGCCCGUCCGCAGCAGCCACAGAAGCAACCCGCACGGGCGGCAGGGCUCCAAGCCACCCCCGCCUCCGGCCCCACCCAGCCGCACCCGAGGCCGCGCGGUGUCACAAAGCGCAUGCGUGCCGCGGGGGAUGCCGGGAGCGCGCAGUGGCGGCAGCGGUGGCGACGGCAGUCACAGCGGCAGCAACAGUGGGGACGCGAGCGGGGCGGUGACCGUGUGGGAGGUGGUCUCACUCUUGGCGAAGCUGCUAGGCACCGUCGCCGCGCUGAAGGUGGUUCUGUACCUGCUCCGGGUGUGCUUAGCGAUGGCCUGGAAAUCCGGCGGCGCCAGCCACUCGGAGCUAAUCCACAAUCUCCGCAAAAAUGGAAUCAUCAAGACAGAUAAAGUGUUUGAAGUAAUGCUGGCUACCGACCGCUCCCACUAUGCAAAAUGUAACCCUUAUAUGGAUUCUCCACAAUCAAUAGGUUUCCAGGCGACAAUCAGCGCUCCACACAUGCAUGCAUAUGCCCUAGAACUUCUGUAUGAUCAACUGCAUGAAGGAGCUAAAGCCCUUGAUGUGGGAUCUGGAAGUGGAAUCCUUACUGCAUGUUUUGCACGCAUGGUUGGACCUAGUGGAAGAGUCGUAGGAAUUGACCACAUUAAAGAGCUAGUAGACGACUCAAUAAAUAACGUCAGAAAGGACGACCCAAUGCUUUUGUCUUCAGGGAGAGUGCAGCUGGUUGUGGGGGACGGGAGAAUGGGCUAUGCCGAAGAAGCCCCUUACGACGCUAUCCACGUAGGCGCUGCGGCCCCGGUUGUGCCCCAAGCACUAAUAGACCAGCUAAAGCCUGGUGGAAGAUUGAUAUUGCCCGUCGGUCCUGCAGGUGGAAAUCAGAUGCUGGAGCAGUAUGACAAGCUACAAGAUGGCAGUGUCAAAAUGAAACCGCUGAUGGGAGUGAUAUACGUGCCUUUAACAGAUAAAGAAAAGCAGUGGUCCAGGAUUUCCAGUACUAUGUUGAAUAAAAGUGGCAAGAGUGGGCAUCCUUGUCUUGUUCCUGAUCUUAGAGGAAAAGCUUUCAGCUUUUCACCGUUGAGUAUGAUGUUAGCUGUGGGCUUGUCAUAUGUGGCCUUUAUUAUGUUGAGGGACGAACUGUAAAAGCAACGUCAGCUUGACCAGUAUAUAAUAUUACAGUGGAUUGCUCAUCUCAGUCCUCAGAGCUUUUGAAAACCAACAGCAUCACAGCUUGUUUUGGACUUUGUUACACUAUUAUUUUCAGCAUGAAAAUGUGUGGUUUCAUAGGGUUUUUAAUUCUUCAGAGAGGCAGAAAAGCCAAAUUGGUAGAGAAAGGAUACAAAGUAUACACUUGUUCUUUAAUGUGCCCACAUUUUACUUUAAAAUAUUAAAUGGAAAGGUUCUGCAAAAUGGAAAACUUAGUUUAUGAAUUGAUUUGGAGGAGGAGUUUUUCUUUUUCUAGACACUUAAUUCUGUUCCAAUGUUAAUUUUUCAGAUUGCUUUUGUGUAUCAGGUAACACCCCCAUUCACCAGUUAAGAUUCUUGAUUUUUGGGUGUCUGUUAGAUGCUACUAAGAAAAUAGAGAUGAGCUUCCUUUUUAAAGCUUUUGAUGUGGUGUCAUAGAAUAGCAUGUUGUAGAUACAAUCAGCUACUUUGUUACCUUAAAACUAAGCAAUUGUAAAUAUUAAACUUUAAGAAGAUGGAAGGUGAUGUCCCUUAAUGUUCAGCAGUUCAGAUUGGACACAACUGAUGUAGUUCUUCCUUUUCCUCUUUAAAAACUAUAGGAGACUUGUAGCUCAGUAUUAUCUCUUCUGUUUCUAAUUUGCUGCUGAUAAUGUAUAUGAAUUUAACAUGCUGUGUAAGCUGUGUCCUAGUUACUGAACAGUUUAUGCAGUGCUGCUUUGCCAAAUAAAGUUAAAAGUAAAAGAGG